AUGGCUUCUCAACUUCUUCCUCUUGAGCUGAUCGACAAGUGUGUCGGCUCUAGAAUCUGGGUUAUCAUGAAGAAUGAUAAGGAGUUCUCUGGUACAUUGCUGGGAUUUGAUGACUACGUCAACAUGGUUUUGGAAGACGUGACAGAAUUCGACUACUCUGGUGCGCAAGUUAAGCUCCCUAAGAUAUUGCUCAAUGGCAAUAACGUUUGCAUGUUGAUUCCUGGAGGCGAAGGGCCAGUUGGUAGCUCAUGA